CGUUUAUAUUACCAUGGCUGGAGAAUUAGACUUACCAACAAGGAUAGUUGAUAAAAAUUGUGGUGUGUUUCUCGCGUUUUGUUAAGCAAACACACAUUUCCAUGUAUAAAUAUACGAUCUAACAGCUUAAAUGUUCUGGAAUUUGAGAUCGCCUCAAGUUCAUUAUCUACGCUAUAUUUAUAUUUUGAUAUAAAUUGCUGUUUAAGGCGAGUCGUUAUCUCAUUUAGCUCAUACCAACUCAAAUUGAUAUCAGAAAAAUUUCUGGCUCAUUCAGUCAAACAAAACCAGACGCAAGUAGUCAAAAUUUAGUCACCGACUUUAAUAAUAGUUUUCAAUUGGUGUACGCAUUUAAAGAUCUGUUGUUACUAUUCAAAGAGUCAUUAUACUCUUAAACUGCUCUUAAUUUUAUUUUGCUGUUUGCGUCAUUCUUAAUUUAAACCCGGUCAAAACAAAUCUGUUUCAGAAAGUUUGUGAACUUUAAGGCAACCUUGUGAUACUUUUGUGAGUUAAGCAGUCAUAAAGUCGAAGGGAUGCUCACUUCUAAUUCAGCGAGCAGAAGGAAAGACGAAAAUUUGAGAAACGCAUGUUCCGAGAUUAGUCCUGGCAAUCAGCACGAGUCAGAUCAACACGACUUCGAGUGUAGCUCAGAAUCUACAUCUCCGACACCCGAAGAAAAUCGGAAUCUUAUUUCAGAAACAAACGAAGAUAUGUUGUCAGCUGAAAAAUUCUCGCAGUGGAUCGAGGGAAAAUCAGACUCGUAUUUUUUCUCAAAAGCGUUUCCAGAGCUGCUUCAGUCAAACUCAUUUGAAAUAAAAUCAGCCGCGAGUCAAUCGCAAGAGAGAUACAAAUGCAUGUCUGUAAUCUUACCAGAGAAUAUUCCAACAAGACCCAGUCAAACCGAUUUGCAGCAGUUGAUUUCUUCAACAACAAAUCAACAACCACGAGCAGUUUUUGUGUAUGGCGCAGAUAAUAUUAAAAACAGAAGUAUUCGUGAUUUUGUGUACCAGCAUGCGAAGGUUAUGCAGCCAGAUAGAAUCCACGUUUGUGAUGGUUCUGAGCACGAGAAUGAAUUGAUUUUGAAGCAGUUGGAACAAAGUGGAAUGAUACAGAGACUGACUAAAUACCCUAACUGCUGGUAUGCGCGCACAGACCCGCAAGAUGUGGCUAGAGUAGAGAGCAAGACAGUUAUUGUGACUGAGACGGAGGCAGAGACCAAACCCACCCCGGCAGAGGGUGCCAAGGGACUACUAAACAAUUGGAUGCAUCCAUCAGAGUUUGAGAAGCAGAUCCGACUGCGGUUCCCAGGCUGCAUGCGUGGCAAGACCAUGUACGUGAUCCCAUUCAGUAUGGGUCCGGUGGGAUCUCCUCUUGCCAAAGUGGGCAUCCAGUUGACAGACAGCGCCUACGUGGUGUCCAGCAUGCGAAUCAUGACCAGGAUGGGCCAGAAGGUGCUGGACUUCUUGGCGACUACUCAAGAGGGAAAGGGAGAAAGUGAGGAGUAUGUGAAAUGCAUUCACAGCGUGGGAGUUCCACCUGAAGGUCGCGAUAACAGUCAUUGGCCCUGUGAUCCAGCUAGGGUGCUUGUGGGCCACAUACCCGCCAAGAACGAGAUAGUCUCUUACGGAAGUGGAUACGGAGGGAACUCCCUGUUGGGAAAGAAGUGCUUCGCCCUCAGAAUUGCCUCUUGUCUCGCCAGAAAAGAGGGAUGGCUGGCUGAACACAUGCUGAUCAUGGGCGUGACGAAUCCAGAGGGUAAGAAGAGGUACAUAGCUGCUGCGUUUCCCUCCGCCUGUGGCAAGACAAACCUGGCCAUGAUGAAACCCUCUCUGCCCGGCUGGAAGGUCGAGUGUGUGGGAGACGACAUCGCGUGGAUGCGCUUCGAUUCUCAAGGUCAGUUGCGUGCUAUCAACCCGGAGGCUGGGUUCUUCGGAGUGGCCCCGGGCACAUCUCGCAGCACUAACCCAUUCGCCAUGGAGACAAUAUCGAGGAACACAGUGUUCACUAAUGUGGCCACAACCAGUGAGGGGGGAGUGUGGUGGGAGGGCAUGGAUGUGCAAUUGCAAGACGGUGUUAAUUUAACUGACUGGAGGGGCAAACCGUUCAAGAUAGGAAUCUCCACGGGACUGGCAGCCCACGCCAACUCCAGAUUCUGCGCACCUGCCAACCAGUGUCCAAUCAUAGACCCUCUUUGGGAAAGCUCAGAAGGAGUUCCGAUAGACGCAAUCAUAUUCGGAGGCAGGAGACCACAGGGGGUUCCUUUGGUUUAUGAGUCACGUGACUGGGCGCACGGGGUGUUCAUGGGGGCAUCGAUGAAGUCGGAGGCGACGGCUGCAGCGGAACAUAGAAAAAAAGUGAUCAUGCACGACCCAUUCGCCAUGCGUCCCUUCUACAGCUACAACUUCGGACACUACCUGCAACACUGGCUGGACUUCGCCGACCAGUCAAAACGAGGCAAACUCAACCUACCCAAGAUAUUCCACGUGAACUGGUUCCGAAAGAACAACGCUGGAAAGUUCAUCUGGCCUGGAUUUGGAGAGAACGCACGUGUGAUCGAGUGGAUCUUCAGGCGUCUGGACAAUGACUCUAGUAUCUAUGAGGAAAAAGUAAUUGGGAAGGUGCCUACGAUUGACGGGAUUAAUCUCAAUGGACUUAAGGAUCCAGUUGACAUGAAGGAGCUUCUGAGUGUGUCGAAGAAUUUCUGGACAAACGAAGUUGAAGAGAUAGAGCACUACUUCAACGAGCAAGUGAACAAAGACCUCCCUCCUCAAAUCACAGAACAACUAGAGGCACUCAAGACAAGACUGUCCCAAUUGGAAUAAGUAACUUUGAAAAACUAGUUACCAGGCCGAGUUAUAUUAAUAACCGAACCUUAUAAGUUUUCUUUUCCGACACAGGACUUCUUGCUAUUUAUGUAUUGCAAUGAAAUGAUGUAAGCAAACCAUGGUGUGUAUUGACGUUGAAAUUAAUAUAGCUAUCUGGGCGUCAUACUGUUAUAAAAAUGAAAAAGAGACAUUUGUUAUAAUUUAUUGCCACGACUUCUGUGACUAGCUGAGCUUCGCCAGUCAAUUCUAAACUACCAUGUUGAAUCUAAAAUUUCAAACUGAGCGGUAUUUAAUGCAAACUUUCCUUUUCGGUCGACAAAUCUGAACGAAGUUAAUCAACGUAAAACGAAUGGAUCAUUUGACAUCUGAAGCCAGUUUUCCACUGCAAACUGUAAAAACCGUGUCAAAAAGUCAAUUUAAUGUAAAAACUGCGUUUUUUGGUCGAAUAAGUGGCUCGCGGUCACUGAUAUUGCCAACAAUUUUCUGUUAACUAAACUUCGAAACUUCCAAUGACCCGACGACCGUACUUUCGCUACGAUGGUGCUGUAAAUGGUUCGAAUUAAAUUUAUUGAGCAGUACAUUAUUAUUUAGUUUGCAGUUGUCUCGUUUCGGGAUUAAAUUUUUGGAGUGAGUUAAAAUUUAGUAUUAGAUUAGUUCCUUAUUUCAAGUGUGAUACAUUGGCUUAGAAGUUCCUUGAAUAUCAUUCCCGUAUUACGUGUGUUACCAUUAUAUACCCAUCCUAAAUAAUUCGUCACCUUCAAUUUAGCUGCUCGAAAAUCAA